GUGAACCUUCAUCAAUUAAUCAUAAUGGCUUCAACUAGCCUUUAUACUUUGGCUUCUUCACUUGUACUAAUCCUUUCUAUUUUUGUUUCAAUCCAUUUUCAAGUAACAAAAGCUCAAGGUACUCAACCAAUUGUGAAAGGUCUUUCAUGGACUUUUUAUGACUCCAUUUGUCCCAAUGCUGAAUCCAUCAUCAGGAGCCGACUCCAGAAUGUUUUCCGGCAGGAUAUCGGUCAGGCCGCCGGCCUUCUUCGUCUUCACUUCCAUGAUUGCUUUGUUCAGGGUUGUGAUGGAUCAGUACUAUUAGAUGGUUCAGCCAGUGGACCAAGUGAGAAAGAUGCACCCCCCAACUUGAGUUUAAGACAGCAGGCUUUUCGGAUCAUCGAAGACCUUCGCCGCCGUGUCCACCGGGACUGCGGUAGAGUCGUUUCUUGUGCUGAUAUUACUGCUAUUGCUGCUCGUGACUCUGUUUUCUUUUCGGGUGGCCCGGACUAUGAUCUACCAUUAGGAAGAAGAGAUGGACUCAAUUUUGCAACAUUAAAUGAAACCCUAGCCAAUCUUCCACCACCUUCAUUCAAUACAAGUUUAAUUCUAGCUUCACUUGCUACUAAAAACUUCACCCCAACAGAUGUUGUUACACUUUCUGGUGGUCACACCAUUGGUAUUAGUCAUUGUACUUCUUUCACAGAGAGACUUUACCCUAAUCAAGAUUCAUCCAUGGAUAAAACCUUUGCCAAAAACCUUAAAAUAACAUGUCCCACUACAAACUCCACGAACACUACUGUCCUAGACAUACGAUCACCUAACAAGUUCGAUAACAAGUACUACGUUGAUCUCAUGAAUCGACAAGGGCUUUUCACAUCGGAUCAAGAUUUGUAUACGGAUAGAAGGACUCGAGGGAUUGUUACGAGUUUUGCUAUCAAUGAGUCUCUUUUCUUUCAGGAAUUUGUGAAUUCCAUGAUCAAGAUGGGACAAUUGAAUGUGUUGACUGGAACACAAGGUCAAAUUAGGGCAAAUUGUUCGGUCAGGAAUUCAAAUAAUUAUAAUUUGAUACUUCCUUCUUCUCUUGGAGAUCAAGAGAAACAAGGAACUUGGUCAGAAAUAUAGCCCUUUUGUGGUUAUUUCUACAUAUGUUUGUUGUGUUUUUGGAGCAAAAUAUAAGGGUGGUGGGCCGUUGUAGUUAUCGUAGCUUAUGGCUAUAGCAAUAGAAAGGCCCCAUCGAAAAGCUAAUAAUUUUAUGUGUACGUCUUCUUGUUUAAGUAUGUGUGGACACAUAAGUGUUUUGUUUGAA